GACACAUUGAAUUCAAUUCUAGAGAUUGUCUAGAAGUAAGAGUUGUUUCAUUGCAGCUUUAAUUUUUUCAACAAUCAACCAAAACUAUUAUCCUGUAUAAGCAUGGAAGCCGAUGGAUUCAAAUGUCUAAAUUACAUAAUGGUGUAACGAUUGGGGCUCCUGUGUCUUGAGAUGAUAAAGAUGGCGGCCGGAGAGAAGGCAUGAGUUCAAAUUGGAACAGUUGAGAGCUAUGAGUUAUCUGCUGAACAAGUUGCGGACAAAGAAAGAGGUCGAUAAUGCAAUCAAAAGCACUGAAGAUAAGGUGUUGGUUCUUCGAUUUGGCCGUGAGGCGGACCCAGUUUGCAUGCAGUUGGAUGAUAUACUUGCUAAGACCAACCAGGCACUGUCUCGCAUGGCAGAUAUUUAUAUAGUGGAUGUGGACGAGGUUCCUGCGUACACCCAGUACUUUGACGUCACCUUGAUACCAGCAACAGUGUUCUUCUUUAAUGGACAGCACAUGAAGGUGGACUAUAGCACACCAGACCACACAAAAUUUAUUGGAAGCUUCCAUACCAAGCAAGACUUUAUAGAUCUGGUGGAAGUGAUCUGCAGAGGUGCCAUGCGAGGAAAGUUGAUAGUUACCAGUCCUAUUGACCCCAAAAAUGUACCAAAGUAUUCCUUACUUUACAAAGACAUCUGAACACAGAGUAUGGAACUAUGACAAGAAUGUGAUAGGCUACUGUUAAAGUCUGUAGCCUGGAAGAGGGGUUGAAAAACACUUAAUUAGUAUUGCAUACACAAGCUUGUUAAGUUUUAUUUCAAGACAUAAAGAGGAGUUAUAAAAUA